UCUCUCACGCUCUCUCUCUCUCUUAAAUUACUUCCUUCUACUCGCUUCUCUCUCUCCAUCUCUCUCAAUCUCUCUCCAUUUAGCAACCUCUACAGCUGUAAUAUCUCUUAAUUGAACUCAAAGUUGGAAGAAGAUCACCGCAAUGAUGCCAUGCCAUAAGUAAAUAAGCAUUUACAUAUACAUGUUUAUCAUUAAAUAGUACUAGAGAAAGGGAGGGGAGUUAAUUGGCUUUUAGUUUAGAUGUGUUUAUAUAUCAUUAUAUAGACGAGAGGGAGGGGGGGAGAGAGAGAGAGAGAGAGAGAGGGAGGGAGGGAGAGAGAGAGGAGUUAUAUAAGUUAGCUUGUAGCUUCAUCAUGAGAGAUUCUCCUUCAUCUUCUUCCUCUUCUUUUUGGAGGAGUAUCGCAAGGUCUUCUUCCACUUGGGUGGUUGUAGUUGUUCUUGUUCCUCUCUUAGUGGUCUCUUUUGUUGCUUUUCGUUUUGAUUCUAGUUCGUCAACUUCUUGGCUCUCCUCCUCCUCCUCCACUUCUUCUUCUUCUUCUUCUUCUUCUAAUAAUAUUAAUGAUAGUAGUAGUUUUGUAAGUAGUAUUAGAGGUGAAGAGGAACAUGAGAAUUUUCAUAUGGAUAUAGUUUUGGAGAAAGAAGGAGGUGAACAUGCGAAGUCAGCUCUCCAAAAUUCUUCUCUUGAUGAUCAAGUCUCUCGUGUUCUUAUGUCUCCUUCGGCUUCUCCGAGCCCGGCACCGGAAAAUUCGGGGUUCUCUGAAAGCUCUGAAGCAAAGGUUUCUCAUUCAAAACCCAAAAGUGUGAAGAGAAGAGACAUUAAGCUAGAGAGAGUAGAACUUGGUCUUUCAAGAGCUCGUGCUGCGAUUCAAGAAGCAACUCGAGUUCCAAGUUUCAAGUCCUCGAUAGAAGACAAGGAUUAUGUUCCUCAAGGCCCCAUAUAUCGCAAUGCCUAUGCAUUUCAUCGGAGUUACUUGGAGAUGGAGAAGUUGUUUAGGAUUUAUGUUUAUGAAGAAGGAGAAGCUCCAUUGUUUCAUGAUGGCCCAUGUAAAAACAUAUAUUCGAUGGAGGGGAGAUUCAUAUAUGCCAUGGAGAUGGGAAGCAAGCUAAGGACGAAGGAUCCAGACCGAGCACACGUCUUCUUUCUUCCAUUCAGCGUUGUCGAGAUGGUCAAAUUCCUUUACCAGCCAAACACUUAUGAUCUUAGACCAUUGAAACGGACCAUUGUCGACUAUAUCAAUGUAGUUGGUGGAAAAUACCCAUAUUGGAAUAGAAGCCUCGGAGCAGAUCAUUUCAUGCUCUCAUGCCAUGAUUGGGGGCCUCUCGCAUCCGCUGCAUCAUCAUACCUCUACUCCAAUUCCAUCCGAGUCCUCUGCAACGCCAAUGCAUCCGAGGGCUUCAAUCCCUCAAAAGACGUAUCUCUACCCGAGAUCAACCUCAAGACUGGAGUCACCACCGGACUCAUCGGAGGCCCAUCUGCUUCUCGUCGCCCAUUACUUGCCUUCUUCGCUGGUGGGGUCCAUGGCUACAUCCGGUCCAUCCUCGUUAAACAAUGGCAAGGCAAAGAUGAAGAUGUCCAAGUCCAUCAAUACCUCCCUAAGGGUGUAUCCUACUACGACAUGAUGAGAAAGAGCAAGUAUUGCCUCUGCCCGAGUGGAUAUGAGGUCGCUAGUCCGAGAAUAGUUGAAGCAGUAUACCUCGAGUGUGUGCCAGUUAUAAUCUCCGAUAACUAUGUGUUGCCUUUCAGCGAUGUGCUUAAUUGGAAGGCAUUUUCGGUACAGAUUGAAGUUAAGGAUAUACCCAAUAUCAAGAAGAUAUUAUCAAGCAUAUCGCCAAGGCAGUACAUCAGGAUGCAAAGGAGGGUGAAAAUGGUGCAGAGGCAUUUCGUGAUAAAUGAAUCUCCACAGAGGUUUGAUGUGUUUCAUAUGAUCCUUCAUUCUAUAUGGCUUCGGAGGCUCAAUGUUCGGAUUCAGGGUUCAGAUUAUAGUUAAAAAUGCUUGUAAAAUGUAAUUGAUUUAUGUUUGUUGUUUUCAUGUGUGUUGGUAAUGGACACUGAGCAUUCUUGCUGAUUGUGUAUCAGGGUAAAUGUUGAGAUAUAUUGUUCAGUGAAUAAAGUGAUGCCUUUGAUGUUU